GUCUUAAGGGAGGGGGCUCUCAGGGCCCGGCCCCUGGUCUGACCCCUGAGCCUGAGAGGAGGGGCCUCCUAGACCCCCUGAUCUUCUGGAACUGAACCUCUUCUGACUUCUCAGCUCGCUCUUAGGGGAAGGGGUCCCUGGAGCUCGGACUUAGGGCUGCCUUGAGGAAGGGGUCCUGGGACCUCUGACCCCGUCCGUACCGCGAUGGCAAGGAUCUCGGCUGGGUCUAGAGCACUGACCGCUGACCCAGUGACCAUCUGUUGCUGGGAGGUCCUGAGUUGCUGCAGACAGGGCAGCAGACAGAGAGGUCAGGGCCCAAAGCGAUCUGUGAAAUGGGCACACGGAGGAUGGGUGUUCCGGGAGGCUCCAGGUAGCGGUCAAAGCGCAGCGAGGGUGCAAACAGCGUGGUCUGGUUGGGGAGAGUCUUUGCUACCGUCCUGCCGGCCCCGCCCCCGACUCCGCCCCGAGGCGGUGCUAACCCGGGCCCCGCCCCCGGGAGUGCACUUCCGGCGCAGCGGAAUUCCGGGUGAGGUGCUGAUUGCUGGCUGACCGUCCGUGUUGUAGUGGAGGGGGCCCCAUGAGCGCGGCGCCCCUGGUGGGCUACAGCAGCAGCGGCUCCGAGGAUGAGGCUGAGGCCGGGAUCCUGGCCCGGCAAGGGGCUGAAGGCAGCAAUGGUGGCCAGAGCCCUGUUCCCAGCCAGAGGCUGCCAGUACCCGACAGUGUGCUGCUCAUGUUCCCGGGCACCGAGGAGGGGCCGGCGGAUGACAGUGCAAAACAUGGGGGCCGGGUGCGCACGUUUCCCCAUGAGCGGGGCAACUGGGCCACCCACGUCUACCUACAGUAUGAAGCUGGGGAGGAGUUCUUGGACCUGCUUGAUGUGUUGCUGCCACGCGCCCGGACCUACGUCCCCCGGUUGGUAAGGAUGGAGGCGUUCCACCUCAGUCUGUCCCAGAGCGUGGUUCUGCGCCAUCACUGGAUCCUCCCCUUCAUGCAGGCUCUGAAAGACCGUGUGGCCUCCUUCCAGAGAUUCUGCUUUACUGCUGACCGGAUAAAGAUUUACACCAAUCAAGAGAAAACCAGGACCUUUGUCGGGCUCGAGGUCACCUCUGGGCACGCCCAGUUCCUGGACCUGGUUUCAGAGGUAGACAGGGUCUUGAAGGAGUUUGACCUCACCACUUUCUACCAGGACCCCUCAUUCCACAUCAGUCUGGCCUGGUGUGUGGGUGAUGCGCGUCUCCAGCUGGAAGGGCAGUGCCUGCAGGAACUACAGGAAAUUGUGGAUGAGUUUGAAGACUCUGAGAUGUUCCUGCGCGUGUGUGCCGAGCAGAUCCGCUGCAAGUCGGGGAACAAAUUUUUCUCGAUGCCUUUGAAGUGAGCACCGGAGGCCCUCACUGUCCUGUGCCCAUCUGCAGCCAGGCAGAGAUGGAGGAACCUACUCAGAUCGAUGGGGAGGCUGCCGGCCACCCCACUGGGAGGCCUGGCCAGAGAUGCAGCCACUCCUGGUCCUCCUGGGAGCUGGUUCUCUCCUCUGUCUUUGGAGCUGGAAGUCAGGUGCUGCUGCAUUGUGGUCAUUCCCAGAAAUCACCAGUAGAGGGCAGCCUGGGUAUCCCAGUUCCAGGUCUGUGCUGGUUACACAAAAAAACUAGGGUCACCCGGUGAGCCCACCCAUACUCAGCCAGAACCCCCAUUGGAGUCCCUCCAACAAAUGGCCCUCCCCCACAGUCCCUUUGGCCGUUAGCAUUUUGAUACCAUUGGCCACAGACGAAGAGUUUUUUAAGCCAUCCUGCCCUGGCUCAUCCCUGCUCAAGUCCAACACAGGAUGCAUCCUCGGGCCUGCCACCCUCCCCCCUUGAAGUGUGUCAUUUAUUUCUUGUUAGUCUCACCCCCUCCUCUACCAGCAGAGGCCAUUUCAGGGCCAAGGCCCAGGGUGCUAAUUUGUGGUUGAGCAUCAGUCUUCCCCAUUCCUUCCUCCCACCCCGCCCCCAGCCAGGUGCCUGGGGAGACUUGAGCAGAUGUUUCAUCUUGGCCUGGCUGGUGGCUUUAAGCCAGGCCUCCGACGCUCUGUGACCUCUGGCGUCUCAUCAGCUUCCCAAAGAGGCAGAGAGGCGCCUUCCCGAGGCUGAGUUCUCUUUCUGCUGCCUCAGCGGCCGGCUGUGACCUGCGGGCGUUCCAGAGGGACAGAGGAAGGACCAGGGUCGCAUGGGAGUUUUGUUCUUCUUCAAGCCCUCACCAGAGCAAAGGCCCAGUCCUCUCCAGUUGCCAUCUGGACUUACAGCAAUGAAGGAAGAAAUUUUUUUUUAUGUUUUAGUUUUAAAUUAUGUUUAACAAAUACAAAUUGCAGUUUUUAUUUUGGA